AUGCAAUCUUUCCUGAUCGUUGCUUGUGUCUUUGGACUCUGCUGUGCCGUGCUAGCAGAGGAUGGAGAACUUCGAGAGAAGCGCUCAUCAAGCAGUUCCUCAGAGAGACAACCUGGAGGAUUCUUCAAUCCAUACCCAUUUCAGCGUCCCUAUCCCUAUCCGUACUUUCCCCCUUACCAGCCUCAGCCUCUGCCUCAGCCUCUGCCUCCAAACAACAAUGCUCUCCUCAGCCUCUUGCCAUUCAUCUUAGCACAGUUGGCAUCCACUCCUGCUCCUGCCCCAGCCCCUGCACCAGCCCCUGCACCUGCCCCAGCCCCGGCCCCGGCUCCGGCCCCUGCACCAGCCCCAGCUCCUGCUCCUGCCCCUGUCCCUGCCCCAGCCCCGGCUCCUGCUCCGGCUCCGGCUCCGGCUCCGGCUCCAGCUCCGAUUCCAGCCACGGCCCCAGCUCCUGCUUCUGCUCCCACUCCGAUUCCAGCCACACCCAGCCCCCCAGUCAUCAGCACCACCGUCCGUGGAGAUGGUCCACCAUAG